GACGUGGGGGCCUCGCUGACCAGAGAAGGUUAAGGACAGCGUGGGGGCCACCACCCACCAGCCCGGGAAGGCCGGCGUCGGACCCGCCCAGCGCUGUGAGUGGCCGGAGGAAGUUAAAGCUGCAGAGGCCCCAGGAGGCCGGCGAGGAGCUCACACAGGUGGCCUGCAUCCCUGCAGAGGCGGCAUCAUGCUGGGCCCCCACCUGCCACCCCCGCCCCUCGGACCCAGCGAGGGCCGGCCUUCCCCCUGUGCCUUCCGCAUCCCGGACGGGAGCUACCGGUGUCUGGCCUUGGAGGCCGAGGAGAGCGGCGGCGAGGAGAGCCUGCAGGGCGAGGCCGGGCCCCCGGACGUGGAGGAGGACAGGGUGGCCAGCAGGCAUGGGGACAGCUCCAUCUACAGAGCCUCCCCAGGGGCACCAGAGCUGCCCAAGGCCCUGGGCACCCAGCCACCCAGCUUCUCCAGGGAGGCACGGCGGGAGCCCCGGCAUGACACCAGGGCCGGCCAGGACUGGGACGUGGUGAAGGCCCGGCAAGUGACGACAGCCAGCCCCAGCCCCAGCCCUGGCCCCGGCCCUGGCCCUGGGACCAGGGUUCCCCAGAAACCAGCGCUGGGCCGGAGCACGAGCCUCACCGAGAAGGACCUGAAAGAGGCCAAGGCGCGGAGCCAGCAGAUCGCAGCCCAGCUGACCACCCCUCCCAGCUCCAACUCCCGAGGUGUCCAGCUCUUCAACAGGCGCCGGCAGAGGGUGAACGAGUUCACCUUGGAGAGCCACGGCCGGCGGGCACAGAAGCCCAGCCAGGAGUCCCCGAGAGCGCCCUCCUGCAGCCCCACAGGCCAUGCCCCAGGGCUCAGCGUGAGUCCCGCCUCGCCUCCCGAGCCAGGCCCUCCGAGGAGCCCCCCCGGCCACAGCCCGGACCCAGCGGUCUCCAGUCACAGCAUGGAGGGGUGCUCAGAGGAAGCCAGCCUGCUGCGGCACCUGGAGAAGGUGGCCAGUGAGGAGGAAGAGGUGCCCCUGGUGGUCUAUUUAAAGGAGAACGCAGCCUUGCUGACGGCCAAUGGGCUCCAUCUGUCCCAGAACCGGGAGACCCAGAAGAGUCCACCCACCCCGCCUCCAGCUGAGGUCCACAGCCCAGCUCCAGAUGUCAACCAAAACCUGGCCUCCCCCAGUGCCGCACUCAUCACACCAGCUUCUAACGAGAGCCACAACCCGCCAGCCACAGACGUCAACCAGAACCCGGCGGCGGCCGGCACCCCUCAGAGCCUGCCCUUCUCUAGCCGUCAGCACAAUUCCUCGGAGGCUCAGCUCCCAGCGCCCGGCACAGUGCCAGACUCUACACCCAGCACCCAGGGCGCCGGCGGGCAACCCCGGGAGCAGGUGAGACCCAGCACACUCCUAACCGACAAGGUGUCAGCGCCAUCGGCCGCCAGCGGCACCUUCCCCAGAGAAGCGGCUCCCAGCUCCGGGUCCCCGGGCCCAGGCUUCAUGUCCAGCUCCCUGCUCGUCGAUGUCCAGCCCGGCGCCCCAGCGGUGUCAGCAGGACAGGAGACACCGGGGCGGGCGGCGGCCACCACCCCCACCACGCCCACCAAGAUGUACAGUGAGGUCCACCUCACGCUGGCCAAGCCCGCGUCCGUGGUCAACAGGACGGCCAGGCCCUUUGGGAGCCAGGCACCAGGAGGCACUGGCCCGAUGGAGCGGAGCCCCAUGGUAGAGAGAAGACAUCUCGGGGGGAAGGCCCCGGCUUCCCAGCCCCCCAGCAUGGCCGACAGGAGCCCUCGGCCGCAGAGACACGCCAUGUCCCACAGCCCCAUGGUGGAGAGGCGGCCCGUGGCACAGCGCAGCCCCGCCCUGGAGAGGCGCCCCGUGGGGAACUUCACCCCACCCCCCACGUACGCCGAGACCUUGUCCACGGCUCCCCAGGCUUCCCGGGUGAGGUCUCCCCCCUCUUACUCCGCCUUGUACCCCAGCUCUGACUCCAAGCCUUCCCACGUGAAAGGCCAGGCCGUUCCCGCCGGCAAGACAGGGAUUCUGGAGGAGUCCAUGGCCCGGAGGAGCAGCCGGAAAUCCAUGUUCACCUUCGUGGAGAAGCCCAAGGUGACGCCAAACCCAGACCUGCUGGAUCUGGUGCAGACAGCCGACGAGAAGCGGAGGCAGAGAGACCAGGGGGAGGCCGGUGGGGAGGAGGAGCCCUUCGCGCUGGGGGCCGAGGCCUCCAACUUCCAGCAGGAGCCGGCGGCGCCCAGAGACAGGGACAGCCCCACCGCGGCCGAGAACGCCGUCCCCGAGUGGGCCUCCUGCCUCAAGUCCCCGCGCAUACAGGCCAAGCCGAAGCCCAAACCCAACCAGAACCUGUCCGAGGCCUCGGGGAAAGGGGCAGAGCUCUACGCCCGCCGCCAGUCCCGCAUGGAGAAGUAUGUCAUCGAGUCCUCGGGCCACGCCGAGCUGGCCCGCUGCCCUUCGCCCACCAUGUCCCUGCCCUCGUCCUGGAAGUACUCCCCUGGCAGCCUCCGCGUGGCCUCCCGAAGCCCGGCUCGGACCCCGCCCGCCUCCCUCUACCACGGCUACCUGCCUGAGAACGGGGUCCUGCGCCCGGAGCCCACCAAGCAGCCGCCCUACCAGCUGCGGCCCUCGCUCUUUGUCCUCUCCCCCAUCAAGGAGCCAACCAAGGCCUCGCCGAGAGCCGCCUCACCCGCCAAGCCCAGCUCUCUGGACCUGGCGCCCAGCCUGCCCAAGGCGACCGUCCCGCGGUCACCAGCCCUGCCCCGGCCCUCCCGCUCCUCGCCAGGCCUCUACACAGCCUCGGGCCAGGACGGCCUGCAGCCCACUGCCGUGAGCCCCACCUACAGCAGCGACAUCUCCCCCGUGUCUCCCUCCAGAGCCUGGUCUCCCCGCGCCAAGCAAGCCCCCAGGCCCUCCUUCAACACCCGGAAUGUCGGGAUCGAGGCUCAGGACCACCGCGAGAGCCUGCCCACCUCCCCGCCCUGGACGCCGAGCGCGUCCCGGCCUCCCAGCAGCCUGGACGGUUGGGUGAGCCCACGGCCCUGGGAGCCCGGCCGCGGGGGCAGCAUGAGCAGCCCCCCGCCGCUGCCUCCGCCGCCGCCCAUGUCCCCCUCGUGGAGCGAGCGCUCGGUAUCCCCGCUGCGACCUGAGACACGACCUGAGACGGAGGUGCGGCCCCCCAGCCGCCAACUGCAGGCUCUGCUGGCCCGAAACAUAAUCAACGCGGCCCGGCGCAAGAGCGCCUCCCCGAGGCCGGCGGGCGCCGAGAGCCUGGGGCCCUUCUCCCCGCCCAGGGCGCCGCUGCCGCCGCCGCCGCCACCGCGCAUGCGCUCGCCGCAGCCUGCCCGGCCCGGCCCAGUGGCUACCUUCGGGGCCACGUUCGCCCCAAUCCCGCGGAGCCCGCUGCUGGCCGGGCCCUCGCCCUGCGCCAGCCCCCGCAGCCCGCCCCCCGCACCGUCCAGGCCCUUCCCCUAUCGCCGCUCGCCCACGGACUCUGAUGUGUCCCUCGACUCCGAGGACUCCGGGGCGAAGUCGCCCGGCAUCCUGGGCUACAACAUCUGUCCCCGUGGGUGGAAUGGGAGCCUGAGGCUCAAGCGUGGCAGCCUCCCCACCGAGGCCUCCUGCACCACCUAAAGCCUCCCGCUUCCCAUCCCGGGAGGGCUGAGCUGGAAGAGAUCUUAGGAGAGAUCAACCUUAGAUCUCCGCACCACAUCCCCAAAAGAUCUGGCCUGUUUGGACAGCCCCGGAGAUAAGGAGUCGGGGGCCAGAGCUCUGGGCUUGGAGUAGUGAUCCAAGCUUGGGUUCUAGCUCUAACAAUAUCAUUCAGUCCUUGUGCGAACCUGGGAAAGACCCUCUGACCCUCAGCUUUUCCAGUGAGGCUUUGACCAAAGCAAUCUCCAAAAGUCUAAAUGCCACACUCACACACACACCCCUUGGGCCCUGGAAGAGUUGCUGUGCUCCUGGGUUCCAUACUCCUCCCUUCCUUCCUGGCUCUGCUUUCUGGAGUCUGGCAAGUGAGCGGUAUGUUCAGAAGGUCCUAGGCCUAAGUUCCCUGUCCAGGUCCUGGCUUGACCAUCCUCCUUCCUGGCUCCAAGUCCCAGGCAGUAGCAGCUGUUUUCCAUCCCUGCCCAGACAAGCUCUAUUUUUACCACCGUGACCUUUAGUGAGGUCUCUCAGGCCAGCUCAAGGUGCCCCGCUCCUCUGGACAGAAAAGGCAGGAAGAGCCCUCCUCCCAGUCCCUCAUGCUUUUCUCCAUCCCAGCUUAAACUGCAGCCCAAGAAGAGAGCUCUACAGCCAUGAUUUCCCCCAGGCCCAGGUCUUGGGCCUCUAGGAAUGCUAUAGGUGCCUCCAACCCAUCUAUCCCUUCCGGGCCCUUUCACGGCAGCCCUUUCAAAGCUGAGCCCUUUCAGAGUUGGCAUGGAGCUCUCUGCUAGCCUGUGGUUUUACCUGAGAGCCCUGAGUUUGAGGUUGACCAUAUGGAAAGAGGGAAGCAAAGAUUUCCUUGUUAGCGGAUGUAUGCAAGCAGUGGCCAGGAUGCACAGAAAAGAUUCUAGUAGAAAAUAGAUUGGCUCAGAUGACCUCUGAGGGCUCUUCCAGCCCUGAAAUGCAUUCCACAGCAUUAGAAAGGGAAGGAGAGUACAGGUGGAGAAUUGGCUGGGCAGAAUUCAGGGACAGGUGAGCUUGGGUGGGUGAGUGAGAAGUUAAACCAGAGCCAACCUAUGUUUCUGGUUUCUUAGGAAGCACCCACUCUUCAGUUCCAGGCCCCAGAAUCCAUAUCAUACCCAGAUGGGUGGGCACUGUUCUAUCUAUCUCUUUCCCAUUGCACUCUGGCCUAGCUAGUAUCCGGUGCCCAGUGACCUUGUGAAACCUGGCAGCAGGCUCUAGCAUGCCCCUUAAAUCCUGGUGGCUCUGAUUCUAAUCCCCAGAGAGACAUGGGGAGGAACUGGCUAAGUUCCAUAGUUUCCAGAGCUGGCUGGUGAUGCCCUCUAGAGGUUCAGGAUAUUUACUUUAGGAUAUUAAGGGUGGGGUGUUAGAAUUGGCUGAAGAUCAGAGGUGUGUAGGUGAAAGGAUACCAGGAUGUUGCUAAAGAUGAAGGAUAGAGUGUAAUUGUGAGUUAGGGGUAGACUUACCCUAACCCAAACUCACUUGUUAAACCUGGAACCCUUAAGUGAAGCUAGGAGAAGCCGGGGAUAAGGAUGUGAGUAGGGUGCUCUGCAAUAAAGAACUGAUCCCAGAGGGUUCCUAGGGAAUAAGGAUUGGGAACACACACUCUGUUGGUGGGAAGAUGAGGGGAUCAAUGAUGAGUGACCACAUUUACCAAAGUCGUCACCUGCUUCAGGGUCCCUUGUAACAUAGAAGCCAAACUAAGGCCUGUUUCAAAGAAGAGACAUUAUUAGGCCACUGGCUGAGAAGGUGGCAUAGAACAUCUACUUCUCCCUGCAUAUACACAAAGAAUCAGCAGGAGGGCAGCCUUGGAAAGCUGCAGUUCCGUCUGGUUCUUCCCUUGCUUCACUGCCUUCUCCCCCAUCUUCUCCUCUAACCCACUAGAGAUUGCCUGUGUCCUGUCUCUUGUCUCCUAUAGAAUUCAGCUCUGGACCUAAAUAAAUGCUUCCUGAAUC